AUGUAGCGGGCCAGCUUCACUCGGGUCCUCCAAAACAGCGAUAAGUAGAGAAAAAAAAAGCCCUCGGGUCAAACGGUGCAACAUGUGACCAGGCGUCCAAUGAAGAAGGCUGCUGGUCAAACUUCUGUCUUAAUUUCUUCGAGGCUCUCAGACGGUCUCCAGCCGCGCUCUGUGAAAGAAAGAUGCCGCCUGCACCUGCAGAUGUGUUGGGUCCCAAGCCCGUGGACGGGGGCUGGGGCUGGAUGGUGGUGCUCGGCGCCCAUAUUUCCAUUGGAUUCGCAUAUUCCACUCCCAAAGCCCUGUCCAUUUUCUUCAAGCCGAUCAAAGAAGACUUGGGGGCCAGCUACAGUGAAAUAGCAUGGAUUUCCUCCAUCAUGCUGGCUGUAAUGUAUGCAGGCGGUCCAGUGAGCAGCGUGUUGGUCCGUCGCUUUGGAAGUCGACCAGUGGUCAUGGUGGGCGGACUGAUGUGUGGGGUUUCUAUGGUAACGGCCUCUUUUGGGAGCUCCAUCGUUUACCUCUACCUUUGCAUUGGCAUUAUUGGAGGUUGGGGACUCUGCUUUAACCUGAACGCGUCUCUCACCAUCAUCAGUAAAUAUUUCCUCGCCAAGCGACCAUUGGCCAACGGCCUCGCCAUGGCCGGCAGUCCGGUGUUCCUCUGCUUCCUGGCCCCGGUCAACCAGUAUCUCUUAGGACACUUUGGCUGGAGAGGAAGCCUACUCAUCCUCGGGGGUAUGAUGUUAAACUGCUGCGUUGCGGGGGCCGUAAUGAGACCCGUCACUCAGCACUCUGCGCCACCAAAGGAAGUGGAUCAGUCAAACAACACAAAGUCGAAAGGGAGCCGUCUGAAAAAAGUUAAGACCUUUGCGGAUCUGUCGUCCUUCAAGGAUCCGGGCUUUAUCAUUUACCUCGUUGGAAACGUGAUGUUCAUCUUUGGCGCCUACGCGCCCAUCGUGUUUUUGUCGGCGUACGCAGUCAGCCGAGGCGUAGAGGAGUACUCUGCCGCCUAUCUGCUCUCCGUCAUGGGCUUCGUCGACAUGUUUGUUCGGCCUCUCACGGGGCUGGUAGCCAACAGCAAGUGGGUCAGGCCGAGGAUCCAGUACCUCUUCAGCUUCGCCAUGGUCUUCAAUGGCACGUUCCACCUCCUCUGCCCCCUGAUGAGGACCUACCCGCUGCUGGUGGCCUACGCUGUGUUCUUCGGAGUGGGCUUUGGGAUGGUUUUUGCACUGAUAUUUGAAUGCCUCAUGGACCUGAUGGGAAACCAGCGCUUCCCCAGUGCUGUUGGACUGGUGACCAUCAUAGAGUGCUUCCCCAUGCUCUUGGGACCGCCGGCUGCAGGGCUCCUGGUGGACAUCUUUGAUGACUACAAGUACCUUUUCUUCAUGUGUGGAGGAGUGAUCACGACCGGUGGGCUCUUCCUCUUCGUCAUGAACGUCUACAACUACAACAGGUUAGAGAAGGCAAAUAGAGGAAAAGACACGGAGCAGAACCAGAACACCGUAGAGAACCAGGAGCAGGCGAGCAGCUCAGAGGCUCAGAUGGAACUGAUGAACACGGCCCAACCAGAGCCAGAACCAGAGCACACAAAAGAAACUCGUUAAACCAGUGAAGAAGACCAAGUCCCACUCUACACUAAAUGGUAACACACGGUGAUGGCAACAUCAUGAUGUGGGGAGGCUUAUCUUCAGCAGGAACAGAGAAGCUGAUUGGAGUUGGAGGUAAAAUGGGUGGAGCUAAAUGCAGAAUAAUCCAGAAAGAAGACAUUUGAGAAUCUUACAAAGCGCAUAGAACUGAGGAGGAAAGUUCACCUUCUGGCAGAACAACUACACACACACAGCCAGAGUAACAGAUUAAAGUGUGUGUCCAAGUUCAGGACUAAAUCUAGCUAAGAAUCUGCUGCAAGACUAAAACAAAUGAUGAACUCCAGUCAGUCUGACCGAGCUUGAGAUAUUUUGUGAAAAAAUGGGAAAAAACUAAAAAAACAUGUAUAAGGUUGAGAGAGAAGUAUUUCAAAGAUCACAAAGGACUGGCAUCUGUAGAGGUUGCAAACUGUGGUGCUACUACAGAGGUCGGCGACCUUUUCGAUUCAAAGCACCACUUUGACCUCUGUUGCUACAAAAUAAAAUAUGAACCAAA